UCAAAAUGACACUGAUGUCAACAUAUAAUAUUUCCACCAGACAGCUGAGUCCCCUUAGUUGUGAAUGAUUCGGUGGUCCAGUGCUGUGUCUGAGAUACAAAGCCAAUAUGUUUCCUAGACAUUAUGGGAUGUUAUGAACCCUUCUGGCGAGAGAUGAUCCCAGUGGGACGUGUAUCGAGGUACGAGGUGGAGAGGGUGGUGGAUAAAAGAGCCCUUCUUGCUCUGCCCACCCCCAAUGUGACACCAGCCUGUCAGAAGAUGGCGUCUCUGCUCAUCUGGUCCCUGUUUUACCACGUCUGCCUCCUUGAACUUACCAGCACCACUCAAACUCCAGCCUACAGCUGCUCUCUGCUGGGCCCCUUUGAACCAAACUUCUUAGCUGAUGGUGACUACAUAAUCGGGGGCAUUUUCCCCCUGCACUACGUCAUGGACAUGCCAGACUUGAACUGUACUUACAAGCCAUCACCCAUACAGUGUCAUGGGUUUGACCCCAGGGCUUUUCGCUGGUCUCAAAGUUUGAGGUUCGCUGUGGAAGAGAUCAACCAGAGUCAGGACCUGCUACCCAACCACACCCUGGGCUACAAGAUCCUUGACUCCUGUUCAUACGCCUUGACCGGACAGCGGGCAGUCCUGGCUAUGCUGAAUGGACCUAGUGAGACCCAGAGUGCCAUGUGCUCUGGUCCAUCUCCUCUUCUGGCUGUGGUUGGAGAAUCAGGGUCUGCACAGUCGAUCAUUGUCUCUAGGAUCCUGCAGCCUUUUCGCAUUCCAAUGAUAAGUUAUUCUUCCUCCUGUGCUUGCCUGAGCAAUAGGAGAGAGUUCCCCACAUUCUUCAGAGUGAUGCCUAGUGAUGCCUACCAGGUGAAGGCUAUUGCUCAGCUCCUGCAGCACUUUGGAUGGACGUGGGUGGGGGUGCUUAACGGGGACCAUGCGUAUGGGAGGUUCGCCUUGCAGGGGCUCAGGAGGGAGCUGGCAAACACAACCGUGUGCAUCGCCUAUCACGUCAUGAUUCCUUUGCUCUACACCAGGCAGAGAACCCUGGAAAUUCUUGACGUAAUGCAGCAUUCUACUGCAAAAGUGGUCGUGGCAUUCUCUGCAGAAGGAGAGCUCACACCAUUCCUGAAGGAGUACAUGGAAAAGAACAUCACUGGCAUCCAGUGGAUCGCCAGUGAAGCCUGGGUAACAGCCUCCCUCUUUGCCGGCAGUGAGUUCUACCCAUACUUGGGUGGCACCAUCGGGUUUUCCAUCCGCCAUGGGAUGGUCCCUGGGCUCAGGGACUACCUGCUGACUGUGAACCCGCUGAGGUAUCCCAACAACUCCCUGGUACAGGAGCUGUGGGCCGCUUUGUAUGGUUGCUCCAUGCAGCUUCCCGACAGCAGGAGCCCGGUCUCCCCAGAGCUGCCCUCCUGCACAGGGUCAGAGCCCCUCCUCAAACAGCACUCUGCCUACCUGAACACAUCCAGCUUCCGUGUGACCUACAAUGUGUAUAAGGCUGUGUACGCCAUCGCCCACUCCCUCCAUAACCUGCUCAGCUGUGAGCCUGGAAAAGGGCCUUUCCAGAACUCAUCGUGUGCCAACAUCACCAGCAUCUAUCCAUGGCAGCUUCAGCAGUAUCUUCAAGACGUCUCCUUCUCCAUCUCUGGAGAGAAGGUGAACUUCGAUGAGAAUGGUGACGCCAUCCCAUCCUAUGAUCUUAUCAACUGGCAACGGGGCACAGCCGGAAAUAUAGAGUUUGUCAAAGUGGGCAUGUUUGAUGGCUCAAGGGAUGCUGGGAAGGAGCUGUUCAUCCAGGACGAGGCCAUCGUGUGGACGGGCCAUCAGAGCGAGGUGCUGGUGUCUGUGUGCAGUGACAGCUGUGCUCCAGGCAACAGGAAAGCGGUUCGUCCUGGGGAGCCUCUGUGCUGCUUUGACUGUGUACCAUGUGACAGCGGCAAGAUUAGUAAUCAGACAGUCCUGUGCUUCCUCUGCGCCCUACUGUUUAUCGGAGAGCCCACACCGUGGUCCUGCAUGCUGCGUCACACUGCCUUCAGCAUCACCUUCUCCCUCUGCAUCUCCUGCAUCCUGGGAAAGACUCUGGUUGUGUUGGCAGCUUUUACAGCAGCCAGGCCUGGCAACAACAUCAUGAAGUGGCUGGGACCCAAACAACAGAGAGUGAUCAUCUUCAGCUGCACCUUAGUGCAGGUCGUCAUCUGUGCCGUGUGGCUGGCUGCCGCUCCACCGUUCCCCUUCAAAAACACUCAGUACAGCAGGUCCAAGAUCAUCCUGGAGUGCAGUGUGGGCUCCAGCUUGGCCUUCUGGUGCGUUCUGGGAUACAUCGGCCUCCUAGCGUGCCUGUGCUUUGUCCUGGCCUUUCUCGCUCGCAAACUGCCGGGCAAUUUUAACGAGGCGAAGUACAUCACCUUCAGCAUGCUUAUCUUCUGCGCUGUGUGGCUCGCCUUCAUUCCUGCGUACAUCAGCUCACCUGGAAAGUUCACAGUGGCUGUAGAAAUCUUUGCUAUCCUAGCCUCUAGCUUUGGUCUGUUGUUCUGUUUGUUUGCUCCAAAAGUCUAUAUCAUUUUAUUAAAACCAGAGAGAAACACCAAACAGCAUCUCAUGGGAAGGGUAAUGACAAUGAUCCCAGUGGGACGUGUGUCGAGGUACGAGGUGGAGAGGGUGGUGGAUAAAAGAGCCCUUCUGGCUCUGCCCACCCCCAAUGUGACACCAGCCUGUCAGAAGAUGGCGUCUCUGCUCAUCUGGUCCCUGUUUUACCACGUCUGCCUCCUUGAACUUACCAGCACCACCCAAACUCCAGCCUACAGCGGCUCUCUGCUGGGCCCCUUUGAACCAAAUUUCUUAGCUGAUGGUGACUACAUAAUCGGGGGCAUUUUCCCCCUGCACUACGUCAUGGACAUGCCAGACUUGAACUGUACUUACAAGCCAUCACCCAUACAGUGUCAUGGGUUUGACCCCAGGGCUUUUCGCUGGUCUCAAAGUUUGAGGUUCGCUGUGGAAGAGAUCAACCAGAGUCAGGACCUGCUACCCAACCACACCCUGGGCUACAAGAUCCUUGACUCCUGUACAUACCCCUUGACCGCACAGCGGGCAGUCCUGGCUAUGCUGAAUGGACCUAGUGAGACCCAGAGUGCCAUGUGCUCUGGUCCAUCUCCUCUUCUGGCUGUGGUUGGAGAAUCAGGGUCUGCACAGUCGAUCAUUGUCUCUAGGAUCCUGCAGCCUUUUCGCAUUCCAAUGAUAAGUUAUUCUUCCUCCUGUGCUUGCCUGAGCAAUAGGAGAGAGUUCCCCACAUUCUUCCGAGUGAUACCUAGUGAUGCCUACCAGGUGAAGGCUAUUGCUCAGCUCCUGCAGCACUUUGGAUGGACGUGGGUGGGGGUGCUUAACGGGGACCAUGCGUACGGGAGGUUCGCCUUGCAGGGGCUCAGGAGGGAGCUGGCAAACACAACCGUGUGCAUCGCCUAUCACGUCAUGAUUCCUUUGCUCUACACCAGGCAGAGAACCCUGGAAAUUCUUGACGUAAUGCAGCAUUCUACUGCAAAAGUGGUCGUGGCAUUCUCUGCAGAAGGAGAGCUCACACCAUUCCUGAAGGAGUACAUGGAAAAGAACAUCACUGGCAUCCAGUGGAUCGCCAGUGAAGCCUGGGUAACAGCCUCCCUCUUUGCCGGCAGUGAGUUCUACCCAUACUUGGGUGGCACCAUCGGGUUUUCCAUCCGUCAUGGGAUGGUCCCUGGGCUCAGGGACUACCUGCUGACAGUGAAUCCUCUGAGGUAUCCCAACAACUCCCUGGUACAGGAGCUGUGGGCCGCUUUGUAUGGUUGCUCCAUGCAGCCUCCUGGCAGCAGGAGUCCGGUCUCCCCAGAGCUGCCCUCCUGCACAGGGUCGGAGCCCCUCCUCAAACAGCACUCUGCCUACCUGAACACAUCCAGCUUCCGUGUGACCUACAAUGUGUAUAAGGCUGUGUACGCCAUCGCCCACUCCCUCCAUAACCUGCUCAGCUGUGAGCCUGGAAAAGGGCCUUUCCAGAACUCAUCGUGUGCCAACACCACCAGCAUCUAUCCAUGGCAGCUUCAGCAGUAUCUUCAAGACGUCUCCUUCUCCAUCUCUGGAGAGAAGGUGAACUUCGAUGAGAAUGGUGACGCCAUCCCAUCCUAUGAUCUUAUCAACUGGCAACGGGGCACAGCCGGAAAUAUAGAGUUUGUCAAAGUGGGCAUGUUUGAUGGCUCAAGGGAUCCUGGGAAGGAGCUGUUCAUCCAGGACGAGGCCAUCGUGUGGACGGGCCAUCAGAGCGAGGUGCUGGUGUCUGUGUGCAGUGACAGCUGUGCUCCAGGCAACAGGAAAGCGGUUCGUCCUGGGGAGCCUCUGUGCUGCUUUGACUGUGUACCAUGUGACAGCGGCAAGAUUAGUAAUCAGACAGAUUCAAUAGACUGCACACCUUGUCCCGAAGACUACUGGUCCAACGCAGCCAGGACAGAAUGCAUACUAAAGGCAGUUGAGUUCCUCUCCCAUGAUGCAAUGGGGCUGGCCCUGACUGUGAUUUCCAUAGCGGGAGCUUGCCUCACCGCCACUGUACUGUCAGUAUUCACACACCACAGGAACACUCCCAUCGUUCGGGUCAACAACUCGGAGCUGAGCUACUUCAUCCUCCUCUCUCUAGCCCUGUGCUUCCUCUGCGCCCUACUGCUUAUCGGAGAGCCCACACCGUGGUCCUGCAUGCUGCGUCACACUGCCUUCAGCAUCACCUUCUCCCUCUGCAUCUCCUGCAUCCUGGGAAAGACUCUGGUUGUGCUGGCAGCUUUUACAGCAGCCAGGCCUGGCAACAACAUCAUGAAGUGGCUGGGACCCAAACAACAGAGAGUGAUCAUCUUCAGCUGCACCUUAGUGCAGGUCGUCAUCUGUGCCGUGUGGUUGGCUGCCGCUCCACCGUUCCCCUUCAAAAACACUCAGUACAGCAGGUCCAAGAUCAUCCUGGAGUGCAGUGUGGGCUCCAGCUUGGCCUUCUGGUGCGUUCUGGGAUACAUCGGCCUCCUAGCCUGCCUGUGCUUUGUCCUGGCCUUUCUCGCUCGCAAACUGCCGGGCAAUUUUAACGAGGCGAAGUACAUCACCUUCAGCAUGCUUAUCUUCUGCGCUGUGUGGCUCGCCUUCAUUCCUGCGUACAUCAGCUCAUCUGGAAAGUUCACAGUGGCCGUAGAAAUCUUUGCUAUCCUAGCCUCUAGCUUUGGUCUGCUGUUCUGUUUGUUUGCUCCGAAAUGUUACAUAAUUUUAUUAAAACCAGAGAGAAACACAAAACAGCAUCUCAUGGGAAAAGGGAUGUCAUAAUCCGGAGAAACAGGAAAAAGAUGAUAGUGAAACAAGUCAAGACCUUUGUCACCCUGUGCUUUCAGAGAGGUGAUAUGACCCAAACAGAAGCUUCUUAGCUACAUUUCAGAUUAAGGCUGCUUAAUCUUUUCCCACUUCCUAAACAAAUGUCAACACACUGCAACGCAAUAUUAAACAAUCUAUUUUUAUUGUGGAAACAGGCCAGAAAAUCUCUAAUAUCUUGAAGCGAAAAUUGUUUGUCGUUUUUUUUUGUAUGGCACCUAUUCAAAUGCACUUUUCAACUUAUCCUGUAUUCUUGGUAAUUAACCCUUGUUGUACAUUGACAGAUUCUUAAGAAUAAAUCUUAUGAUAAAACCAAAAACAAAUUCAGCCCCGUGUACGUUUGUUUACCAACACUAUUGCAGCAUGUUUUUGAUUCAUAACGUGCUGUUUGCUUAAAUGGGUUGAAAUCAGGCAUGAGGACUCAAGUCACAAAUCUGAUGACUCAACUUGGCAAAACCGAGGGAAAGAACAGGACUUCACUUGGACUUGAGAGUAAUGACUCGAGACUUGUAUCCGACUCGAGAUUAUAAUCUCCCUCCUGUGUAACAUGUUAUUUUUAUCAUUUCAGUGUAUAUUAAUUCUCUGCUGUCUGCAUUUUCAUUUGAACUCAGCACUUCUGUAACCCUGUGCUUUCAGUAUGUAAAGUCAAGCUCUGAAACAUCUUCUUUUUCACAGUCGCAGCCUUUAUUACCGAUUUAUUA